CCGAGCCGAGCCGCAGCGGCUGCCGCCAACAUGGCCGAGACGAGCGAGGAGGUGGCGGUGCUGGUGCAGAGGGUAGUGAAGGACAUCACCAACGCUUUCAGGAGGAACCCGCACAUAGAUGAAAUUGGCCUGAUCCCAUGUCCUGAAGCGAGGUAUAACCGGAGUCCCAUAGUCCUGGUUGAAAACAAACUCGGUGUGGAGAGUUGGUGUGUCAAGUUCCUUUUACCAUACGUCCACAACAAGCUCCUUUUGUACAGAACAAGAAAGCAGUGGCUGAACAAAGACGAAUUGAUAGAUGUCACGUGCACCCUGCUUCUUCUAAACCCAGACUUUACCACUGCAUGGAAUGUGAGGAAGGAGCUGAUCCUCUCUGGUACUUUAAAUCCAAUUAAGGACUUACAUCUGGGAAAACUGGCCUUAACUAAGUUUCCAAAGAGUCCAGAAACCUGGAUUCACAGGCGGUGGGUGCUACAACAGCUAAUUCAGGAAACUUCCUUACCUUCCUUUGUGCCCAAAGGAAACUUGGGAACAAUUCCUGCUGAGAGGACACAGCGACUAAUACAAGAAGAGAUGGAAGUCUGUGGUGAAGCAGCUGGGAGAUAUCCAAGCAACUAUAAUGCCUGGUCCCAUCGAAUCUGGGUUUUACAACACCUGGCCAAGCUAGAUGUCAAGAUUCUUCUUGAUGAACUGUCUUCUACUAAACAUUGGGCAUCCAUGCAUGUUUCAGACCACAGUGGAUUUCACUACCGUCAGUUUUUGUUAAAGUCUUUGAUUAGUCAAACUGUGAUAGACACUUCUGUCUUGGAGCAAAACUUUUCAAAAAGUGAGCCAGUCCUUGUUCUUCCAAAAGAUGAAGAAGCAACACCUUCAACAGAAGAAUCAAGAAUAAAUCUUCCUCAUCUUCUAGAAGAAGAAGUAGAAUUCAGCACAGAUCUUAUUGAUUCCUACCCAGGACAUGAAACCCUUUGGUGUCAUAGGCGGCAUGUUUUCUACCUUCAGCAUCAUUUAAAUGGUAGGUUUUCUCAGAGCAUGACCCAGCUAUCACCUACAGACAGUCCUGGGGGAACUUUGAAUGAUUUGCACCUCAUCCCAGCAGGCCCCCAGCUGUCUCAGGCAAUGGAAGUGGAUGGACUGAAUGACUCUAGCAAGCAAGGUUAUUCCCAGGAAACCAAGCGCCUAAAGCGGACCCCAGCUUCAGACUCCCUAGGCCUAGAAAUGGAGCACAGGUUCAUUGAUCAAGUAUUAUCCACUUGCCGGGAUGUAGAGCAAGCUAGGUAUGCCAAUGCAUACAGGAAGUGGCUGGUUACUUUGAGUCAAUGAAAGAAGUGGAUUACUCCUACAAGGUUCCCUUUUAGUGCAAUAUUGUUUUCCUUUCUUGUUGACAUAGUUGCAUGAACCAUUUGCUCUUACUGGCUAACUGUGUUCCUCAUCUAUAGGUUAAAGUAGAUAGGAAAUGUUUUAUUUAUUUUGUUAAAAACUGGCAUUCCUUUGGGGAUAAAAUAAUUGUAUAGUUCCUUUCUGCUAAGCAGUCUUAAUUUUUCUCUUUUUAAUUCCUCAUAUUUUAUAUAUGCUAUCUGCUGGGCUUCUCAUUUGGUUCUAAUUGGCUCACACAUGUACCUCUACCACUUCAGUUGCUGCAUAGGCAGAUUUUAUUUUAAAUUGAAAAUUUACAUUUCAUUUCAGUUUAUUAUUAAUAUAAAUGCAAUAGGACUUGCUGUAAUUGUUUUGAGAAUCAAAUGACUAGAUGGAUGGAAAUCUAAAAAUUUAAACACUUCUCUUUCUCCAGCAUGCUCUUAAGUUAUAGACUAAGUUAACCAAAGUCAAAAGUAUUGUAAUUUUCAUGAAAACAUGCUUCCAAUGUAAUCCAUUUUUUAAAUGGUUAUAAAAAAUUAACCUAAAUUCAGACUAUGUAAUUGUAGUACUGGAAAAUUAUUUUUAUUACCGGUUUUGAUA